AUGGCAUACUAUACAAAAACAAAUGACCGCAUUAAAGCUCAUACGAUUGUUGUUCUAUGCAUCGUAGGCAUCUGGAUGAUUUUCGGAGCGCAUGCUGCAAACAACCAAUGCAGUUAUUUUGGUACAGUAGAGAUUGAAGAAUUACUCGAAAAUAUAGAUAACAAUGACUUAGCUUCUGGUGUAUCUAAUGAAGAAUGCAAUAGAAUGUUGGAAUCGUUCAAUGGAUCAUUAGCCUCAAAAAAUACAGCACCAAAUUCAAAAAAUCAUGAAAGUGGCACACACCAUCAAACUGCUCCAGAACAAAAAAGCAUAAUAGUUACUACAUUCUAUAUAGAUGAUUUUGGAAAAUUAUUUUAUAUGAAAUAUAAAAGCCACCGAAUUUAUAUAUACUCAACUAAGAUUCAAGUGCAUAAAGAUCAUGUCUUGUAUAAUGUAUACAACGAUGAAUCUGGGAAUCAGAUUCUUAUAGAUAGUAGCAUACUUCCUUAUUCUUUUGGGACUAAAGACAUAUCUAGUAGAGCGCAAAGUGGCCAGGAAGAAAGCAUACUUGAUAAUCUAGUCAAAGAAACCACACCAAAGCGCCCAAGAGAUUCUACUUCAACCAGUUCAAACGAUAAUUUAAGUCCCAAGAAAAGAAAAAGUGAAGAGAGUAGAAAUUCUUAUUUGGGUGGUGCUAAAAUAUCUAUUAAAUUGAUGCCUUACCAAACUGCCUAUAAGAACCUCAAGAACUACAAAUCUGAAGCACAAAGCAAUACAACUCGAGAUAAACCCCACAGUUUUUCAUACUUGUUUACUAAAGGUAGCAUGGAUAAUGGAAAUACAAAAUGUGAAUGUAGUAUUAAGAAAAACUACAGAAAUCAACACGAGUUCUGGCAUUUUUUGACUAACUCACGCCAUAACUCCUUGGCUGAAAAGAUAGAGUGCAUCAACAACUUAGCCAAUAAGAUGGAAACAGAAAAAAAUAAUAGUAAGAAUCCUAAUUAUCGUCACUUCUUUUUAGAGGACUUGAAAAACUACAUAGAAAGUCAUAUAGACAUAGAUCACAUUAGUGCAACAUACGACUACACAGACAGAAGUAAGAACAACAUAUGCUCUAAAUCUGAAAUGAAGCCAGAGACACUCGGAGAAAUAUACGAAGAAACCCAAACAGAUCUUAAGUGGUGGGCCAACAGUAUGUCUACUAUCUCUGCAAAAACUGAGGAAAUUAAAAGUGCAGGAUCUGCAGAUGCAGCACUAAAAGAAAAGCUGCAUUUGAUUCUAAAGCUGCCAGAGGUGCUCAGAGACUUGGUUCUGAUAACUCCCGAGAUACUGGUAAAAACAAAAGAAGAAAUGGAAAAGAUAUUUGGU